CCGUUCCCUCCUCGUUUCUUCCCCUCACGUUCUUACCGAUGCUCGCAACCCACUUUCUUCUUUAUAAUUGGUCAAUUCUUUUUUCCCGGUCAUUCUCUCUUAACGUGCUGAACCAAUCUAGAUCUCUGACUAUCAUCAGAUGAUGAUUCAAGAUAUCCUGCGCUAAAUUCUCUCUUUUGACCUCUGUGUUCUAAUUUUCAUCAGAAGAUUAUUUGUCUAGCAUCAGAAAGAUGUCAAAUUUGCAGAGCAACUUCAAUCAGAAGAUCGAUUAUGUGUUCAAGGUAGUCUUGAUUGGCGACUCUGCGGUUGGCAAAUCUCAGCUUCUCGCUAGAUUCUCUAGGAACGAGUUCAGUAUCGAGUCCAAGGCAACGAUCGGUGUCGAGUUCCAGACCAGGACUCUUACCAUCGACAAAAAAACUGUCAAAGCUCAGAUAUGGGACACUGCUGGUCAAGAACGGUAUCGAGCGGUGACGAGUGCAUACUACAGAGGUGCAGUAGGGGCAAUGCUUGUUUAUGACAUAACAAAACGACAGACAUUUGAUCAUGUAGCGAGGUGGUUGGAAGAGUUGAGAGGACACGCAGACAAAAACAUUGUGAUUAUGCUCAUAGGAAACAAGACUGAUCUCGGCACACUUCGAGCUGUACCAACCGAGGAUGCUAAAGAAUUUGCUCAAAGAGAAAACCUCUUCUUCAUGGAGACUUCAGCUCUUGAUUCCAGCAAUGUCGAGCCGUCUUUUCUCACCGUUCUUACUGAAAUCUACCGAAUUGUGAGCAAAAAGAAUCUUGUUGCCAAUGAGGAAGGAGAAUCUGGAGGGGACUCCUCACUCCUGCAAGGAACUAAGAUUGUUGUUCCUGGAGAAGAUACUGAAUCUAAAGGAAAGGGUUGUUGUGGAACAUCAUAGAAAUCAUUUUCUUUCUCUCUUCUUUUUUGUUGUGAUUUCUUUUCCUCCUCUCUUUUGACUGAAUAAAACAAUGUGUCUACUUUGUAUGUAAGCUGUUGUUGGUAGAUUUUUAAAAAAUUAAACAUUAUAUACA